AUGUCGACAUAUCUAUCGUUCUACCAGAAGCUACAAAAAUGGCUGCAGCCAUUUGUUACUGGUUCUAAAAGUCUGUACCAUGAGAACAAACAAGCAUGGACACUUCGUCGUCGUGUCCAAGAUUCUCAGAAUCAGAUGAAUCUCACACGUCGUGAAAUGUUGUUAUUGCGUCAAGCACAUCGAGAUUUAUUCAAGUCACUGCCUCUUCUCGCGUUCUUUUGUGUACCCCUUAUAGGUUACGCAGCACCGUUACUCGGUUACAAAUUCCCCAAACAGCUGUUGCCCUGGCAGUUCUGGCGACCGAAUCAGAAGACGCAGUUUUUGCACGAAGAUGCAAAGACUAGAGCCACAAUGUACCCACAAUUGGUACAACUGUUGCUACAGAUUCAGCACAAAGACGAGACGCUGCAGAAGAUGCUCACAACGGGCAAUAACAGUCUACGCCCGGCUCAAGUGGUCGAGUUAAAGCCUUUUUUUGAAGGACCUGCAGCUCUAGAGAACCUCUCGGACCAACAUGUUUACGUACUGGCCGAAGGCUCGGCUCUUUUCCCGAGUUUUGCGGUACUGAACAAGCUUCUAAUGCAGUCACAACUACAGAAGAAAUUGAAUCGAAGAAUGGCGGAACUUUGUGCAGAUGACCAGCAGUUGCUUAAAGAAGGUGUUGAAGAUCUAUCGCUGGAUGAGCUUGAGUUUGCGUGUCAUGAACGAGGAAUUGUAACGCAAUAUGGAAAGAUGGAAACGUUGCGUAAUGCACUGAAAGAAUGGUUGAGCAUGUACGAUACGGACCACUUUGAUCCAGCGUCCAAUCCGCAGAAACUACCAUCGUCACUGCUGUUGCAUGCUCCUGCACUGACCAAUUUUGCCAACUCGGAAAAGGACGAUGAUAGGGACUAA